AUGCAUCGCAGAGCCUCUGUACAGUUGAAGUACAUGGAUAAAGCGUUCCAAAAGGAUCCCAAUAACCCGGAUGUACUUGACUUCUACGGCGAGGUACUGUUAGAAUAUUCCAAUGAGGAUGUCGAGAAAGCGGUACAGUUGUUCAAACGGAGUGUCGAGCUAGCACCUGCUAUCAACGGGAGCAAGUAUUUCUACUUGGGUCAGUUGUCGGAGGGCAGUGACUCCUUGCAGUACUUCAUGAAGGCCGCCCAAAUUCUAGAGAACGAGCUUCAGGAUGCUGAGGUUGAAGGAGAGGAAGUCCGGAGCGUUGUCGAGGCUAGACUAAUAUCGGCAAUGUGUGCUAUUGGUGAGCUCUAUAUGACCGACAUGUGCGACGAAGCGGAUGCUGAGGAGAACUGCAAGAAAUACUUAGAGGGAGCCGUUUCACGCGCGCCUCAGUCAGUAGAGGCUCUCUCGGGUCUAGCCGUGUACUACAAGGUCAUACAGGACUUUGACAAGACCAAGGAGCUGUGCAAGCGAGCACUAGAAAUUAUACGAAGUGUUGGGGAAGAAGACCCGGAGUCGUUGCCUCCCAUGCCUAUCAGGCUGCAGUUAGCGAAAACUUUGACUGAUAUUGAUGCUUCGGAUGAAGCCAUUGAGGUGCUUCAUCAACUGCUCGACGAGGAUGAGAAUGAAGUUGAGGUGUGGUAUGUAUUAGCAUGUGCUCACAUGACCGCAGCAGCAGCAGCAGCAGCACUCAAGGGGGAUGCCGAGGCGACAGAUCGGACCGAGCCUCUUCGCAUCGCGUCGGAGUGUGUGAGUCACGCCCUGGAUUUGAUCAAAAGGCAGCCCGAGGACGCUCAGUGGUCGGAACCCCUACAGCAUCUAGGAGCGGAGCUCGAUAAACGGAAGCAGAAGCAUGGAAGUAGUGAUGAUGAUGUUCAAAUGAAUUGA